CAGAUCGGAGCCUGUAUAUAAGGACUACAGUGUAGCUAUGGUGCAUAGGUAACAUAAAGCUCUACGAAUGGCUCGAGUUAUCUUUGCCUUGUUUGCCUUCUUGGCCUUGACCUGGGCUGAACCACUUCGUUUUGAUGGGUACCAGCUGUUCUCUGUAUUGACCAAAGGCUAUGAAGAUACCAGAUUUCUUUAUGACUUAUCUGAGAACUAUCCUGACUUAGACUUUUGGAGAUAUCCUAGAACCAAUCAGAACGCCACCAUUCUCGUGCCACCAGGUCUUUUGGAGAUCUUCAAGGCAGGUCUAGAGCCACGUGGAAUUUCUUAUCAGGUCGUGUCAACGGAUGUCCAGAAAAUCGUUGACGCUGGGGCGCCAUUGGCACCCGAAGAAGAGGCUAACAGAAAACGCCAAGCCGGUACCUUCAUUGACCACGCCAGCUAUCACACUUACAACAGGAUCAUAGAGGCUAUCAACCAGAUCAAAACUGCUUACCCAGACAAUGUCCAGUUGUCCAACCUGAACUACGUCACACACGAAGGAAGAGUUGUCACCCUUGUUAAGCUUUCAGGCUCUACCUCCGCCACCAAGAAACCAGCCAUCGUUGUUGAGUCCGGCAUCCACGCCAGAGAAUGGAUCACACCAGCAGUGAACUUGUGGGUCAUCGAAAAGGUUCUAGCAGACUACAAAGCUGGUAACGCCGAAGCCAGGGCAAUGCUUGACAAAUACGAUUGGUACUUUGUGCCAGUUGCCAACCCUGAUGGCUACGACUACACCCACAGCACGAACCGUAUGUGGAGAAAGAACAGACGCUACAUCAGUACAAGAUGUUCUGGUGUUGACCUCAACAGAAACUUUGACGUGGUCUGGGGAACUACCGGCAUCUCUAGAACCUGUACCAGUGACAUCUACUGCGGUGAGGCUCCAUUCUCUGAGCCUGAAACAGCCAACAUGAGAGACCUGUUCAAUAGCUUGAUCGAUACCGCUGUCGCCUACCUGUCGGUUCACUCUUUCUCUCAGUUCCUCUUGGUUCCAUGGGGCUAUACUGAAUACGUCUCCAGACCAGCCAAUGCCGUUGAAUUGGAUCGUGUGACAACUAGAAUGUUGCAGUCUCUUAUCUCUACACACGGAACUCAAUACUUCCACGGCACUGCCUGGGAACUGUUGAAUUAUGCUGCCAGUGGGGCUGCUGAAGACUGGGCCCUGUCAAGAAAGCCAGGAAUCUACGCCAUGUGCUACGAGCUCAGACCUCGUUACGACGACCCAAGAGCAUUUAUCCUUCCGCCAAGCGAGAUCAUUGGCACAGCCCAAGAAUACUACGCCAGUCUCAAGAUAAUGGCUGCCGAGAUGAGAGUCUAAAUAUAGAUACGAACGUCAAUAAUGUUUAUUUGUGCAAUUUAAUGUGUUCUCAUCAGAUGACGUUGAGGUCUAAAUGACGACUUUGGAAUAAAGUGUUAUACAACUAAAAAAAGAAUAA